CUAUGUCUGAAUAUAAACGUAACUCCCAUAUGAACCCAUAUCCGGGUGUGGGAAAAAACGGGUGAGUUCAGUCCUGGCAAAUGCACAUCAUGCCAACUGACAAGCAUUUGUUUAUGUUUAUGAUGGCUAAUGCAAGAGUAGUGAGGCUGAGAAUGAGUGUCCUUCAAUGGCGGGGAAGCAUUCAGCGAUCGACAGGCUUCUUACAGACAUUAAGGACCUCUUGGCCAUAGUUGAACUUUCUUCCACUGUCAAUAACAUGGCAUCUACCAUUGAAAGCCUACGUGUGAAAGUGGACAGCAUGUCUCUGGCGGUCGACAGCCUUAAUGCAAAAGCUGAUCAGGUUGCCACUACUAUUGGCAACCUUUCUGAGAAAAUGGAUAAAAUUGUCACCACGGUGGAAGUUUUGAGACUGGCGCUUCAACGAGAGAGCUACUUCCAAGACGGCCAAGGACCAUUCGUUAAAUCGCCCAUGUGGUAGCCAAACUGGGCUUCAGCAUUUAUUAGUCAAUUAUAUAUUUCAUGUAACCUGAAUGCGAAAUGAAUUGUACUUGGACAAGCUACAUACCCACAAAACACGGCAAACAGAUACCAUACGGGAGGAAUCAAAUUUAUACUCUGAAUAUUACGCAUGCUAUUCUAUAUCUCCAG